AUGAAGAGUAAAUGGAUACAAUACGCCUUAGUUCCUUUGGCUGCAUUGACAAGCCCCUUCCAGUUGAUCUGGGAAGGAUGGACCAGUUCUCACCAAGUCAACAUGCCCAAUGUGUCAUGUGGUCCUUCAAACUAUACUACUGAGAUAGUUUCCCUCGAUCCGCUGGCAAUUUAUAUCAAUGGAUUCAUGUCGAGCUGGGAGGUUGCCUAUCUGCGAGAUCUAGCGGAGAGCCAAGAGACGUUUAUGCAUCACGAGGAAAAACACCCCGACGAUAAAAACUACGCGUCUCGCCGCAUAGCUAGUUCCUGCUAUCUUACUAUGGACGACCCAGUGGUUCAGUGCAUUAUUCAACGGUCAACUGAUUUCGUUGGAUUUAUAAAUCAUGAUGGGUUUGAGCAACUUCAAGUGGUUAAAUACCGCGAGAACGAGAGACAUGAUCCUCAUCAUGACUGGUUUGCCUCUCCCCCGAAAAUGGCGUCUGGUCUUACAUGUAACCGGGCGGCGAGCUUUUUCGCUUAUCUCGGAGAUGAUCCAGAGGGAGGGGAAACUUGCUUCCAUCAUUUGUAUCCUGCGCCUCAGGAUGCAGAUCCAGCAAAGUUCAGUAACAUCAACAGCGACGAUGGUCUUGGAUUUGCUACUAAGCCCAUCACUGGAAAUGCAAUGUUUUGGAUGAAUUUGCAUGCGAACAAUACUGGAGAUCUCCGUGUGCAACACUCAGCGCUCCCGAUCAGAUCUGGAACAAAGUAUGGCAUGAACAUAUUGUUGAAGAGGUGUUUCUAG